CUUCGCUCGGCCGGUUACGAAGUUCGAUUUAACCUGAGAUUCAAAGUUCGUAUUCAUCAGUUGCCCCCUUUGUCAUGCCGAAAGUCACCGCGCCCCCGGGUGGCCGGCUACGAUGCCGACGAGCGUGCGAUAGCUGUAAGCGGAGGAAGCAGAAAUGCAACGGAGAGCAACCAUGCACAAUCUGUGUUCAACGUCACAAAGAAUCAGAAUGUCACUUCUCGGACAAGCCGGCCCGCUUGCUGAAGCCCUCCGAGAGUUCGAAAGACACGAUGUUGCUCAGCGAACGCCUUGUGCCUACGCCGCAAAGACAAACCGCCAUGGAUCGAUUGCUGAACUCCCUCGAAGAUCGCAGCGCAGAUCUAGAACAACAGGUGGUAGAUGAUAAAGAUGGGACGGCUCCGGUACCGAAGGUGGCCAGGCUUCUUCGCGAUGGACAAGGAAAAUUCAUGUAUAUUGGCGAUUCCGCGAGUUUGUCCUUUCUCCAGAGUGUCCGUCGCAUAGUGGCUUCGUCAAUUGGCCGUUGCGAGUUUACGGAAGAUAAUUCACGCCAUUCAAUGCUUGAGGCUUUCCAAAGUAGUUCCACUACACAGACCGGACCAUUGAUACCGCCCCCGAGUAAUGAAGAAGCUCAACGACUGGCUCGCCAAUAUGUUCUUGCCACUAGUCCUCUAUUGGAUCUCUUUGACCUGGACGAGUUCCAUCCGCGGCUGGCUAAUUGGAUUGAGAACCCAACAGGCGACGAAGAUACUGUGAGCUCAAUAUUUUACCUGGUGCUUGCCAUUGGGGCUCAAGUAUCGGAUACCAACCACACCCUGGCGGAGAAGUACUUCAUUAGUGGUCGUCAGCUGGCGUUCUCGGCUUUUACUGAGACCCCCAGUAUCUCCACUAUACAGUCAUAUGUCCUGAUUUCGAUGUAUAUGUUGGGUGCUUGUCGACGCAACGGUGCUUUCAUGAAUCUUGGAAUUGCUCUUCGCGCCGCGUAUGCGGUCGGCAUCCACAGGAAAGAUGCAAACACGCUCUUCUGUACGCGAGAGCGACGUGCUCGGGAACGUGUGUGGAAAAGUCUACGCAUGAUGGAUCUCUUCCUCAGCGCCUCUUUGGGUCGUCCUCCAGCCACGACGGACUUUGACUACGACCCGCACGAUAGCAAUAUUACGCCAGGGACACAACAGCGCCUUCAGCCGGAAGAGCAACUAUCCCUGACGGUUGUUUCGCUAUGUCGUAUUUUUGAGCGGAUUCUUACGGAAGUUUACAUGAGGCAGGUUGUGUCGAUCAGUGUUGCGGACAGUAUCUCGAAUCAACAUCGCGCCUGGGUCCGAAACCUGCCAAGCUUCCUACGGAUGCAAACAGAGCGGCUUGAUGCUGCCAAAACUCUCGAGGAUACUUUGGCUGCAGCCCACAUAUUUGGCUCUUAUUACUGGUCGAUUAUUCUAUUGACUCGCCCCUUUUUGGUCUUCCGAGUCUCUCAAUAUGUGAAAAACAAGAGCGAGUCGGCAGCAUUUUCCGAGAGCAAACCCAACAACUCGCGAAUCUCGCUUUUUGCUGAUGCAUGCGUUUACUCCGCAUUGCGCAGUCUUAACGUCGUGGACGACCUCUCUCAAUACUCGUCACUGCCGCGGAGGCUGCCAUUCUUGAUUAAUUCCGUUUUUAACUCGGCCGUUGUCUUAGGGGCCGCGUUCUUUGCUGACUAUGACAACCUGCUUCCACUGGAGGAGGGCUUGAACAAGGCCGAAAAGUUCCUUGGGCUGUUUGUCCCGCAUGACCCUCAUGCCUGUCGCUUUUUCCAAAUCAUCAAAUACCUGCGAGGCGCAGUUGGUGAAUUCGUCCGCCGCCGGAACCGUCAAUGGAUGGAACGUCGUAGCAAACAAGUCGAUCAGCUUUUUGGCGAAGUAGGCCCAUCCAACGAAACCUCAACUACUAGUAAUAACCACCACGUCAUCUCAACCAACCGCGGGGAUCAAGCAACAGUCCCGUCUCCACUAUCCCCAGACAAGUUUGCCGGCGGCCCCCUUCCCUCCCAAUCUGUAGAGCAGGCAACCAUUACAGCCCAGCCUGAUGACGGCAUUUGGGAUGCCUUAUGUGCCGCUGAAGGGCCCUCGCCUUUCCCAUACGACACAGCCAUUUCCACUUUGACGACGACAGGCAUUCCAAUCGGCUGCUCACCAGGCGGUACUAUCCCCACUGGUCCACCUGGAAUGCCGGACAACGGUGGCCAAACGCCUCUCUCUGACAUGAUCCUUUCAGAUAAUGGACUGCUCUAUAUGGCGGAGGAUCUCCCUGUGUUUGGGCUCUGGGGAGACACUUGAUCUCACCUCACGUCUCCGUACAUCUUUCACCUUCGACCAUUUCUUGCCUUUAUCUCUUCCGAAGAUGGCAUUUUUAUAUUUGACCGUCUUCGAUCUCGACAAUAUCUGCAUAUACCCCGUAAUGAGCAAGAUAAGUUGUACAUUUAUCCUGUGUAUCUAUGACCGACUUAAUGACUACACGACCCCUUUUGAAUUACGAGCUGGGCAUUGUAUUAGCAUUAGAGGAUUUAUUACAUAAAAAGCUU